AUGGGAGAUUUCAACACAGUGUUGCAUCCUAAAGACAGACAAUUUGGAGCCCCUGUACAGGAGGUGGAAAUCAGAGAUUUCAGGGAUUUUCUAUUUGACACCGGUAUGACUGAAGUACAGUAUAUGGGCAGAAACUAUACUUGGACAAACAAUCAUGUCUACAGUAAAAUUGAUAGAGCAAUAGUGAAUGGAGAAUGGAUGACCACAAUGCCAACAUUGCAAGUGCAAGUAAUGGAACCAUACUUCUCGGAUCAUUCCCCUCUAAGCAUCCAAUUUGGAAGGAGAAGAGGCAAUAGAGGAAAACCAUUUAUAUUUUUGAACUACCUAGCAGACGAUGAAAGAGGUCAAGCAAGAGCUAAGACCUUAAAUACACAGCACUAUAUGGGAGUAGAUAAGAAGCUGAAAUAUCUUAGGGACCAAUUAAAGGAAGUCCAGGAAAAGAUGGAUACCAACUUGAGGCAACAUGAGCUAAUUGAGGAAGAAAGAAAGCUGAAAAACCAAAUAGAGAAGUGGGACCAUAUUGAAGAAAGUAUAUAUAGACAGAAGUCUAGGGUGAAAUGGUUACAACUUGGAGACUCAAAUUCAGCAUAUUUCUUUGCAAAUAUAAAGGUUAAGAACUCACAGAAUUACAUAAGGGAGCUAAACAGUCUAAAGGGGCAUUUGCUACAAAGAGAGAAAGACAUAGAAGUAGAGAUAAUUGACUAUUAUAAAUCCCUACUGGGAACUGCUGCCAAGACUGUGCCAGCAAUACAAUUGCAAGUAAUGAAGCAGGGGCCAACUCUGAGAAAAAGUCAGUAA